UCCCUCUCUCUCUUUGCGCAUUCCGCUCUUUAAUUACAAAAAAACUGACGAAUUAAAACCCUAAAAAAACUCAUCGUUGGUCGGCAGCCGCCGGCAGCUCCCAAAUCACUGAGAAGGGGCUCUUGUAUCUGUUCUCGUAUUCGAACAUGGAGGGUUUUCAGAGGAGAGGAGGGGGAAUGAACUCUUUGUCGCCGUUUCACACGCCGAAGUCGAGUGAUAGAGCGGCGAGAGAUUCGAGAUCGAGCGAUAGCAGCGGGAGUUCUGGGAGCAGGCAUGAUCGAGAGAAGGGGGUUAAUAUACAAGUUUUGCUGAGAUGCAGGCCUUUAAGCGAGGAAGAGAUAAAGGUGAACACUCCCGUGGUCAUAUCUUGCCACGAGAACAGGAGAGAAAUCUCCGCCAUUCAGAACAUUGGUCAUAAACAGAUCGAUAGAACCUUUGCCUUCGACAAGGUUUUUGGGCCGACAUCCCAACAAAAGGACUUAUUUGAUCACGCUGUCGCCCCUAUUGUUAAUGAGGUUUUAGAGGGUUACAAUUGCACUAUAUUUGCCUAUGGCCAAACUGGCACAGGAAAAACUUACACUAUGGAAGGAGGGAGAUUGGCGAAAAAUGGAGAAUUUCCUGAAGAUGCUGGUGUUAUUCCAAGAUCAGUUCGACAAAUCUUUGAGAUACUCGAGGCUCAGAGUGCUGAAUACAGCAUGAAAGUCACAUUUCUCGAGCUAUACAAUGAGGAGAUAACUGAUCUUUUGGCUCCUGAAGAAUCGAAAUUCUCAGAGGACAAGUCAAAGAAGCCUAUAGCAUUAAUGGAAGACGGAAAAGGGGGAGUUUUUGUGAGAGGCCUUGAAGAGGAGAUAGUUACUACUGCGAAUGAAAUAUAUAAGAUAUUGGAUAAAGGUUCUUCAAAGAGGCGUACGGCUGAAACUCUGCUGAACAAACAAAGUAGCAGGUCUCACUCCAUUUUUUCGAUUACAAUCCAUAUAAAAGAGUGCACUCCGGAGGGUGAAGAGAUGAUCAAAUCUGGGAAACUUAAUCUUGUUGAUCUUGCUGGGUCUGAAAACAUUUUGAGAUCCGGGGCUAGAGAUGGAAGAGCAAGGGAAGCUGGAGAGAUCAAUAAAAGCUUGCUCACUCUUGGUCGUGUUAUAAAUGCUCUUGUUGAGCAUUCUGGCCACAUCCCAUACAGAGAUAGCAAAUUGACAAGGUUAUUAAGGGAUUCUUUAGGAGGGAAAACAAAGACUUGCAUCAUAGCCACCAUAUCCCCUUCAGUUCAUUGUUUGGAAGAGACACUGAGCACUCUAGAUUAUGCACACCGCGCAAAGAAUAUCAAGAAUAAGCCAGAGGUUAACCAGAAAAUGAUGAAAUCUGCACUCAUCAAGGAUUUGUACUCUGAAAUUGACCGGCUUAAACAAGAGGUGUAUGCUGCGAGGGAGAAGAAUGGUGUAUAUAUUCCAAGGGAACGGUAUCUUCACGAUGAAUCUGAGAAAAAGGCCAUGAGCGAGAAACUGGAGAGAUUGGAGCUUGAAAUGGAAUUCAAGGACAAGAAAUUUGUUGAGCUUCAGGAUCUCAAUGAUUCCGAGAAACACAAGAAUGCAGAUCUAAAUGAUAAACUUGAAAAGACUAGGAGGAAAUUGGGAGACACCGAACACACAUUAUCUGAUCUUGAACAAAGAUACAAUCAAGCUAACUCAACUAUCAGAGAAAAGGAAUAUUUGAUAACUAAUCUCCAGAAAUCAGAGAAAGCAAUUGUUCAGCGUGCUCAUGAGCUCCGAUCUGAGCUAGAAAAUGCAGUUGCCGAUGUGUCUGGCUUAUUUUCUAAAAUUGAACGAAAAGAUACUAUAGAAGAUGGAAACAGAGCUUUGGUACAAAGAUUUCGCGCUCAGUUAUCUGAGCAGUUGGAACUCUUGCAUAAGACUGUCUCAGCCUCUGUGACUCAACAAUCGAACCAGUUGAAAGAAAUGGAAGAGGAGAUGCAAUCUUUUGUUACCAGAAAGGCUGAGGCUGCAGAACAAAUUUGUGGGCGAAUGGGAGCGCUUAAAGACAUGUAUGGUUCUGGAAUCAGAGCACUAGAUGAUCUAGCUGAGCAACUCAAUGUGAAUUCUCAAUCAACCUUAGAGAAUCUGAACUCACAAGCAGUGAUCCACUAUUCUAAUCUUGAGAAGAGUUUCAAAGGUAUUGCAUUUGAGGCUAGUCAGUUGCUUGAUGCGCUUCAGUGCAGUCUAGCCAAUCAAGAGGACAAACUAGCAGCAUUUGUACAGCAGCAACGAGUGGGACACCUAAGAACAGUGGAGACAACGCGGUCCAUCUCGAAGAUGACUACUAGUUUCUUCCAAACUUUGGAUGUCCAUGCAUCAAAAGUAAGUAAGAUUAUGGAAGAAUCACAGAAUUUACAGGAGCAGCAGCUUUGUGAGCUUGAGAUAAAGUUUGAGGAAACUGCUGCUAAUGAGGAAAGGCAGUUGCUAGAAAAGGUAGCAGAGAUGCUGGCCAGUUCAAGAGCCAGGAAGAAAGAAGUGGUUCAAGAGGCAGUCACUAAUCUACACCUAAGUGCUGCUGAUAGAGCCACUAAUCUACAGUCAGAGAUGAGCACUGCCUCCGAAUUCACUUCUGCGGUAAGAAAAGAAUGGACAACAUACAUGGAAGAAACUGAGAGCCACUACCUUGAGGACACUGCCUCGGUAGAAACUGGAAAACAAAACCUAGAAAAAAAUCUUCAACAAUGUAUGGCAAAGACCACAACUUGUGCGGAUCUAUGGAGAACUGCUCAAGAUUCUCUGCUUGAACUUGGAGAAGGAUAUGUAGCACAAAUUGAUUCUAUUGUUAGGACUGAAAUUGAAACCAAUCGGCAACUGCGUUCUAAGCUGUCUUCUGUUGCCUCUACUGCUCUAGAUGAUGUCGAUAUUGCAAACAAGGAAAUCCUUUCCUCUAUUGAACGUUGUACACAACUCGACCGAGAUGCACAUGGCAAUAUUGAUUCCAUGAUUGUUCCCUGUCGCGUGGAACUGAGAGACUUAAAGAGUGGGCAUCAUCACAAGAUCACCGAUAUCUCAGAAAAUGCAGAAAAAUGUCUCGAAGUAGAAUAUAGGGUGGAUGAACCAUCUUGUUCAACUCCCAAAAGAAGGUCUAUUAAUUUACCGAGCACAUCGGCUAUUGAAGAGCUAAGAACUCCAGCAUUUGAGGAGUUGCUAAAGUCAUUCUGGGAACUGAACCCUUCCGCUUCAAAGCAAGCACAUGGGGAAGCAAAACAAUUUUCUGGAGCAUUCGAGUCUCCCUCCAGAGUUCCUCUCACUGCCAUAAACUAAGGAGGGGAAAUUAAUGAAGUUCGAUAUAACCAAUGUAUAAUAGUACAUAUAAUAGAUAGGGUUCUGUCCUCAACCUAUGUGAUUCAUUCUAAAUUCUUUUAGAUUAAACUGUCUGAAGAAAUUAUGGCUUAUUAUUAAUGUAGCCUCACCGCGAGUUAUGUAUCUCUAUCGUGCAGAGUUCAAGCUUAUUUAUUUUCAA